AUGGGAGACAGAGUCAUUAUCGGAGACAGACUUACCUGGAACGACUUUGUAAAACUUGCCGAGGAAGUAACAGGCGAGAAGUUCGAGGUGGUUUACGACUCGGUGGAGCUAUUGAAAUCCGGCAGGAUCACGGAGUUGCCAAGCCACGUCCACGUCUAUGAGUACUACCCGAAGGAGGCACUGCAGGGAAUGCUCGCGCAGUUUGGUCUCUUGUUUGACCAGGGCGUUCUAGACUUCCGACCAAAGCGAUCUCUUAACGACAUAUUCCCCGAUAUCAAGCCCAAUCCGGCUUGGACCAACUCGCCAGAAUCGAAUGGACGGGGGGUCAAGGAUGCCCGAAAAGACAUCACGCGCUUGCGGAACGAGGUUACUCGCCUUGAGGGUGUCUUAACCAGCAUUGCAGAUCUUGCGGAUGCCGAUGACUCUGCCAAGCUAUCCGUCCUGCAGGCCCUGGUCAAGCCCGGUGGCGCUCUCUCACAAUGCCAAGACACUUUAGCAGGUUUACUUGAGAAGUUGCAGCGUGGUCAUGAUACGGAAGGUAUGAAACGAUUAGGAUGGCGCGCCUUGACAUGGCCACUCAAAAGCAAGGACGUCGACAAGGUCAUCGCGGAAAUCGAGAAGCACAAGUCGCUAUUUACCUUGGCACUUACUGCUGACGCUGCGACUUUGAAUAUGAUGCUGAGCAAGUCCUUGGAUGGAGUGGCCGAGAACCUUAGCGCCACCCAACUUGAUGUUCAGGCCACCAAGGAAGGCGUGAUAGCGACUCUUAAGGUCGUCAAUGCAAUGCAAGAGGAUGCAGACGAAGAGAAGAGGAAACAGAUGAUCCGAAAUGUGACAACGUGGCUGACAUAUACUGACCCUACUACUAGCCACCAGGCUGCCAACAGAAAGCGGCAAUCUGGUACAGGGCAGUGGUUAAUCAACGGUGUCAAAUUCAGAGAAUGGAAAAGGAGUCGUGGGUCGUUCAUGUGGCUUAAGGGUAUCCCCGGGUGCGGAAAGACAAUACUAGCAUCUACUGUCAUCGAGAACCUUAAAGGAGACUGCGAAAAUAAGGAUCUCAGGCGUGCCUUGGCCUAUUUCUACUUUGAGUUCAACAACACGAACAAGCAGUCUCCUCAUAAGUGUCUUUCGUCCCUGGUUUCUCAGCUAUGUAGCGGAACUGAAGAGAUCCCAACUCAGCUUGAAGAUCUCUACGAGAGAUGUGGGAGGGGCCGAAGCCCUCCAUCAGUACACGAUCUAAUUUCAAUCAUUGAUGCAUAUACGGCGCUCAGGAGCAUCAACGACACAUACAUCGUCCUUGACGCCUUGGAUGAAUGCCCCACGACAGGUCCUGAGGAUCAACGUGCCGAACUACUAGAUGCAAUAAAGGCCAUCCGGAGCAUCUUCCAUUCGAAUUUACACCUCCUGGUUACCAGUCGGGAAGAAAUCGAUAUUAAGAAAUCUAUCACGCCACUUCUAACCGUUCCAGCCUUAUCAAUACAAGAUUCCGGGGUUAUGGCUGACAUCAAAGAAUACGUCAAAAGUCAGCUCACGUCCGACCCGAAGUUAAAUAGCUGGUCGGAGGAUAUCAAAUCCGAAGCAGAGCGUGUCCUCGCCGAAGGGGCAUGUGGCAUGUUCAGAUGGGUAUUUUGCCAACUCGAUGCAUUGAAGAAAUGCAAAAAAAGGUCCUCGAUCCUGCUGGCCCUGAAGCAACUCCCAAGAACUUUGGAUGAAACUUAUGAACGUAUGCUGCUAGCUAUUGACGAGAUAUACAAGGCUGAAGCCAGACGAGCCCUUCUGUGGCUGGCUUUUUCGGAGCGGCCCUUGAGCGCUGAGGAGGUUGCUGAGGCUGCCUGCAUCGAUCCAGAUGCUGACCCGGCAUUCGAUAAGAACGACCGCUUCCAGGACCCUCGGAACAAUAUCCUCGAGAUCUUAGGCAGCCUAGUCAGUCUUGUGCCCGGGGACAAGAUCAGGCUGGCUCACUUUUCCGUGAAGGAGUAUCUUCUCUCGAUUCCACUACGCGCCAGCAAAUCGGCCGACUUUGGGGUUUCUGAAAUGAAUGCCCACCUUCUGUGUACUCAAAGUUGCCUUGCCUAUGUUCUCCAGGAAGGAGAGGGGCCGUUGAGCAUUUGCGAGUUACCAUUCAUUGCAUAUGCCUGCAUGUAUUGGCCCCAUCACGCGCAGCACCUUAUGGAAGAUGAUGGAAUUAUGCCACUGGCCAAUAUCUUGUACCACUCACAUGCCAUCUAUGAGAAUUGGCAGAGUAUGCUUGCGUCAAAGUCACCUCUUCCAGGGAUUGAAACAGGCGGACCACAACAGAAAAGUCUGUCCCCUUUGUGUCACGCCUCAGCUAUGGGAUUUACCUCAAUCGUGGAGGGGCUGGUCAAACAACUAGAAGCCACUAGUGUUGCGGAAGACAAGGGCUCGAGGUGGACAGCUCUGCAAGUUGCUUCAAUGUGUGGGAGAAGGAGAAUUGUUGAGACGAUCUUGCGACAUACAAAGCGAAGCACCAUCGUCAAUGCUAUCAGCCCUGAGGGAACCACUGCCCUGCACCUUGCAUCAUCGAGAGGAUUCGCGGACGUGGUGUCGAUGCUUUUGAGACAUGGCGCGUCAGCUGAAAUUGAGGAUCCGAGAGGACGAGCGGCCAUUGCACUGGCGGCGGCUUCAGGUCACCUGAGUAUUGUCCAGCUACUAUUGGAGAACGAUGAUGCCGCCUCCGACUUAUCCCAGAAGCACAAAGGGGCUGCAUUGUUCUCCGCGAUAGAAGCCGACUACAUCUCGAUCAUUGAGAUACUGCUUAAUUACGGAGCAAACACAAAUAUGACCAAUUCGGAUAAGCUAAGUCCCCUCUCCUUGGCUGUCGUUAACGGACGAACUCAAGCCGCCCGCUCACUUAUAAAGCACGGCGCAGAUCCGAACUAUGCAGAUCCGCUGAAGAGCACCCCACUGCAUCGUGCUGUUCAGAAGGGACAUGAUGUGGUAGUGGAACUGCUCAUCCAGCACGAGGCUGACCCCACACGCCGUGACUGUGAUGGCAAGACCCCGUUCCACUAUGCGUGCGCCAGGGGGAGCCCGUUCAUGGUGAAGAAGUUUCUGCAAACAGACAUCGACGUCUCGUUGUUGGAUGCUUGGGGCAAAAUGCCUAUUCACUACGCAGCCUGGGGGUGGAGCGCUGAGGCGAUGCAGAUUCUUCUAGAUAAUGGAGCGGAAUUAGAAGCCAGGACACCUCGAGGCGAAACGCCUCUUCAGUUGGCUGCUCAACGAGGAGGCCAUAAUGUAGUGGAAUGUUUAUUGAAGAAUGGUGCCGACAUCACGACUUGUAACAAGAAUGGGAGGACUUCUCUGCACUUUGCUGCCAUACGUGGCAAUCGGCUAGUCUUGCAGGUUCUUCUAAGGCAUGGUGCGGAUCCGCGCGUAAGAGAUAACCGCGGAUUAACACCGAUACAGGCCUAUGACGAGUAUGAGGCGGGCCCUCCAGGACAAAUUAGUAUUAGAAGGAUAGCAUAA